UCUAGGAAAAAUGAGCUACGCAGCAGAUCAUCUUGCAUGGAAGCAAAGGCUCCACAAAGAGCAUAUGACUAGCCUCCAAGACAAGUCUAGAAUGACGAAUAUCUUCAAAACAGCAGAGGUUAUUGAUGAUUACUCAAAACAAACUGCUGUAGCCAACCCUAAUAGUAUCGGGAAAUAUGACUACAAAGAUACCUUAAGGUUUGUAAUUAAGAGAAACCUUGGCCAUAAGGAGCACGAUCCUACCUCAAAUGCAAAUACAGUUAGUGGAUAUGGAAAGAUAAUAAGUGAUUCUACUUACCAAACAACUAAACAGAUCAACCACAGUCCAAAAAUGAAGCAAUCCCUAUCUUUGAUGAAGUUGAGAACAAAAGCAAUGAGCCCAGGUAGAACCAAGGUUGAUAAGCUAAUAUCCGAACUCGAUCAUCAAGGGCUAUACUCGAGCCCUAAAUUCCCAAAAGCUAAACCAUUCUUCGAUCAAGCUUAUGCUCCUAAGAGCACUAUAGAUGCUUCCUCUCAAUACGGCUCCCAAAGGAGUCGUAUCGGAAGGAGCACCAAAAGUUAUAGGUUCGUCCCAGAGGAGGCUAAGCAUGCUGCUGGUUCUCCGACACAGUUGCCUCCACUCAAAAGAAAGCGUUUCAAUGAAGAAAUUCCUGACGAAAUAUCUUGCAAACAGAGGAUGACGAAGGAGAAGAAAUUUGAUCCUAGAAAAUUGGCUAGAAAGACUCAGCUAGAGACUUUGAAAAAGCUGAAACACAAGAUGAGGAACGAGUAUAAGGAGCAAGCUGAGAAUGACUGUCAUCAAGUCUCUCAGGCGAGGUCUAAUAGGCAUGAUAAAGAUCUUAAGGAACUACUCAUGAAAUCUAUCGAACUAAUGGAUGAGAAGGAAAUGAGUAUUGUUCAAGCUGUCAUCAAUAAUAUCCAUGAUACUGUAAAUGAUGAGGCUGACCAGGAUAAUGAAUAUCAGCUUGAUCCAAUAGAUUGUGAGGAAGAAAAUCAAGAAUUAGCUUCCCUCCAAACUCAAAAACAGACUCUUUCAACUGCUUCAAAAUGCUCUUCACAAUAUAUUUCAGAACUGAAAUCGCAAAUUCACGAAGAAAGACUUGAAAGAGCCACAAUCCAAAAAGAGAUAGAAGAUAUUAAGAAAGGAAUAAGCUCUUCGAAUGAAUAAUUCAACCAAGUA